GAGUGAAGUUUGAAUAAAGAAAAUACUAGGUCGGCUCGGCAGAUUGUAGAUCCACACACUAUCCCACACUAUUAACCAAGAAAAGGUUGGAUGCCAUGCUUUUUGCGCAGAGUGCCAUGAAACUAAGGUACUGGGUUUGGAGAGAGGUACCAGUUGUUGGAGGAUAAGAACCUUGGAAAAGUUGGAUUUUGUUAUUCACUUUUUGUGACUUCUUGAAUUUCAUUUGGAUUGUUAAGAUUGUUUUAUGAGGAUUUCUUUUGAGAUUUGUAACGCAUUACAAUACAAGAUAAUACAACGACAUUCGAUUUCAAUACUAUUCAGUAACUUCAGAAAGAAAAGAAGCCAAGAGAGAUCAACAAUAUGGGUGUUCUUCCAAUUGAUACACGUGAAGCUCUUCAUUUGAAUGAGCUCACUUCGAGAGCGAGAUGUUAUCGCAAUGGUUAUGGUUAUUACAGAUGUAAUUCCGCCUGGAGUCGCUUCGGUAGAUGGAUUCUCGCUGGUGUUUUGAUCUUCGUCGGUCUCAUAUUACUUUUUGCCAUCAUGUGCAUAUCCAAACGUCGUCGUCGCCGCAACCAAAUCAGCUCCACGAAUCAACCCAUGGCAUACACUCAACCCGCUGCCACCUAUGGUCAAGCACCCGCUAGCUACAAUUAUUCACAGCCGCAACAAUCAUAUGCGCCGCCGGCGGGUGCACCACCGACGUAUGGUGGUGCGCAUGCGGGUGCGAAUGCGGAUUAUUAUGGGACGAGUGGCGUGACGCAGCCGGCGAAUACUUAUGCUAAGUAGAGGGUUGUGAAGGAGGAUGGGGAGGGGGGAAUACAUGAUACUGG